AUCAUCAUCAUCAUCAUCAUUGCCUUCAUCAUCGAAAACUUUGAUCAAUAAUCAUAAUAAUGAAAAACGUGGACCAGAAUUUUUGGUUGAACCACCUAGUUCGGUGAUAUUUUUAAAUGAUACCGGCAGUAUUAUAACUUGCAGUGCCAAAGGAAUACCAGCACCAACAAUCACAUGGAUACGUGCUGAUGGAACACCAUUAUUACAGAUACCUGGAUUACGUCAAAUACGUAAAGAUUUACUUACGACACAACUUGUAUAUGUACCGUUUGUAGCUACCGCUUAUCGGCAAGAUGUCCAUUCAGGUAUCGUACGUUGUGUGGCCACAAAUCCCGUUGGUUCCAUUCAAAGCCAAGAUGUCCAUAUUCGUGCUAGCGUACGUCAACCGUAUGAGAUCCAAGUAUAUGAUGAUUUUGCUAUCAAAGGAAAUACAGGCAUUCUACGUUGUCAUAUACCAAGUUUUGUUCGUGAAUAUGUUCAUGUAACGAAUUGGUUACGUUAUGGUGAUGAUGAUGAUGAUGAUGAUGAUGAUCAUCCAAUUACUUCCGAUCUACUUAAAGGUGGCCGUUAUAGUGUUAUGCCGAAUGGUGAGCUUCAUGUACAUCGUAUUGAAAAUGAUGAUGAUGACAAUGCUGAUGAUAAUGUCCAUAUUGCUAAUAAUAAUAACAAUGAUCAUCACCAUCAUCAUCCUCAACGACAACUACAAAAUCAGAAUAAUAAUGAACGACAUAGAAAAUUAAUGUUUCGUUGCCAAACUAAACAUAUGCUCAGUGGAAAUACUAAACUAAGUGCCAAUUAUGGACGUUUAAUCGUCACAGAACCUCAGACGAAUAUGCCGCCAAAAAUUAUCGCUACCACAUCAGCUAUAUCCACCAAUGGAGGUGGUGAAAAACCAAUAAUAAUAGCUAAUGUUGGUCAAACAAUCGAGUUGCCUUGUGUGGCCCAAGCACAACCUUGGCCAUUAUUCACAUGGUAUCGUGCCACACCAACCUCAAACGAUUUCCAGUCUUCCCAUCAUAGUUUACUAUCGUCGGUAAUCGCUGUAAACAGAUUACAACGGCUCCAGGUAUGGAAAUUUCAAGUUCCACCAAACGACAAAUCAAUUGUUAUCAAUGACAAGAAUGAAUUGCUCAACGGAGAUCAGUACAUAACACCAUAUCGCCUUAGUCGUGCUGGUAGAUUCGUUCAAGUGGAUAGUUCGCUUUUCAUUCGUGAUGCAACCGUUGCCGAUUCUGGUCUUUACGUCUGUGUUGCCAACAAUUCACUGGGCGAAGAUCGCAUCGAAAUGGAAUUGGUUGUCAAGGCUCCGUUGAGUGUAACCAUGAUUCCAUCACACAUAUUAGCUUCCGAUGGCGACACUGUCACAUUCAAUUGCACGAUAACCGGAGGCUCGCCUAUUCAACAAAUUCAUUGGCGUAGGAAUGCCCGGCCAUUAAUGGUGGCUCAAGCAACAACAACGAGUGCUCGUCAACAUCCUAACCAUCGUGUGCAUUUAUUGCACCAGGAUCGAAUGCUUCAGAUCCGUCAAGUUCGUCGUGAAGACCGUGGCAUGUUUCAAUGCAUCGUCAGCAAUGAAUUUGAAUCGGUUCAAGCCAGUGGUGAGUUGGCAUUGGCUGAUGAUCCUCCAACGUUCAUCACGGUUUUCACGAUCACGGAACCACUGCGCCCUGGUAAAUCUUUCUCGGUCAAAUGUUCAGCUACGGGAACACCUUUGCCGCAGAUUGUCUGGACGCUUGAUGGUGCUCCAUUGGUCGAAAAUGGACGAAUUCGAGUUGGUGAUUACGUUAAUGGCGACGGUAUUGUCAACAGCUUCGUCAACAUAAGUUCUCUUCGUGCAGAAGAUGGUGGCAUAUAUUCGUGCACAGCGUCCAACGACGUUCACUCGAUUAGUCACUCUGGCCGCAUUAACGUCUACGGACCGGCAUUCGUACGUCAAAUGAAAAACCUGACUGUCAUUUCCGGUCACACAGUCCAUCUGCAUUGUCCGGCGGCUGGUUAUCCACUUGAAUCGAUUGUCUGGUUCAAAAAGUCGUCGUCUAGUGAUCAAGGCAACCGUUUGCCACAGAACCAUCGCCAUAAGUCGCUGCUGAAUGGCACGCUGGUCAUCGAAAAAAUCGAACGUAACACGGAUGAAGGAGCUUACCGUUGUGUGGUGAAUGGGCCCAACGGCUCCAGUUCGGCCAGUGCUGAGCUGUUCAUUCGAAUUCUGGUUGCACCCGUCAUCAGCCCUUUCAGUCCACCACCCAAUCUUAGAGAAGGCAUGCGAGUAAUGCUUACCUGUUCGGUAGUCGAGGGCGAUUCUCCAGUUCUAAUCCAUUUCCUGAAGGAUGGUGAGCCUAUCCACGACACCCAAAGCAGAAGCGACUUACGCAGAGUCAAGUUGGAUGUAACCAACGAAUUUUCGGCCACCUUGUUCAUAUCUUCAGUGGUUGCUGAAGACUCUGGAAACUAUACCUGCAUCGCAUCCAACAUGGCAGCUGUCACAACAUACUCGAUUGUCGUCAAAGUCAACGUGCCUCCCAAAUGGAAAAUUCCGCCUACUGAUACCGAAGCCAUAGAAGGCCAAAAUGUGGUCAUUGAUUGUUCGGCCAGCGGUGAGCCUCGAAUCUGGUGGGAACGGGCUCAUGACAAAUCCCAGAGCUUAGCUUCCUUUUCCGGCCUAUCUUCGUCGUCGAUAAGUCCAACCAACGGAGAACAAGCGACUAUCGUUCAUUACUUCCGCACUGUGGUCAGCAACUCUCACAUGCAUACCCUGGAAAAUGGUAGUCUCAUGAUUCGUGACGUGACUGAAGAAGAUUCCGGCGUCUAUCUCUGUCAAGCCAACAAUGGCGUAGGCUCGGGAUUGAGCAAAGUUAUCACACUCAAAGUCCAUGUGCCUGCACACUUCAAAAAUAAAUUCUCGGCUCACACCGUUCAGAGAGGAGAUUCUACAGAAUUCUCUUGCGAUGCCUAUGGCGAAUUGCCCGUUUCGAUGCAAGUUGCCAAGGACAGAAUGCCACUCGACUUUGGCUCUGUGUUUGAUCGGUUAUCAUCGGAUCCGUCGCUUGAACAGCAGACACUGCACACAGAUAAUCGAUAUCAAUUGCUGAAACGAGUUACAGGUCAGUCGGAUAGAGCAAUCACUUCAUACAUUGUCCGUAUCACAAACGUCGAUCGCCGUGAUUCUUCACUGUUCACGUGCUUGGCCACCAAUAAUUUCGGCAAGGAUGAAUACAACUUUCAACUGAUAGUCCAAGAACCACCUGGAAAGCCGGAAAACGUGCACGUGUUGGAACUAGACAGUCGGUCUGCUGUUAUUGCUUGGUCCCAGCCAUAUUCUGGAAACAGCCCGGUCAUUGCAUUUCAUGCAGAGUAUCGCCAAUGGUUGGAAACAUUGCCUCCAUGGCAUCAUUUGGAUGCAACAGCCGAACUACAGCAGCAGAUUAUAAACGAACAAAAUGGUAAACUACACCAGCCAUCAUCGAAGCCGCCAGGUACAAUAUUCCGUCAAACUUUGGUGGGAACAGAAUCGUCAAUCAGUCUUCGUUCUCUCAAGCCAAUGACCACCUAUGAAGUUCGAAUUCAAGCCGAAAACAAAUUGGGUUUUGGUCCAUUUCAGAUGCCACCACUUAAGAUCACAACUAAAGAAGAAGCACCAUCUGGUCCUCCGUUAAACAUUCAUGUGUAUCCAUCAAGUGCACAUUCGCUACAGGUGACAUUCCAACCGCCUCGGGUUGAUCAUCAAAAUGGUCAGAUUCUGGGCUACUAUGUCGGCUACAAAGCGGUCGAUCUGGAUGAACACUUCAUGUUUAAGAAAGUUGUUGAGGAAAAAUCCUUACAGCCUUCGACUCAAAGCAAAGAGGUGAAGAUUACUGAUCUUCGUCGCGCGACAAAGUAUUUGGUCAUCGUCCAGGCUUUCAAUAGAAUCGGCCCUGGACCACAAUCGGAGGAGAUCAUCGGUGAGACUCUUGUGAACGAUCCGCCGCGAGCACCAAUUUUGACAUCGGUCAACGUCAACUACGAUUCAGUUGAGCUUAGCUGGUCGAUCGAAACAACCGACGAUUCGUACGCUGCAGAGCAGCAAACAUCCAACUCGAACGUACCAGAAAUCACCGGUUACUUCCUGUAUGCAAAGUCUUCCCAAUCUGGAGAGUGGGAAGAGCGACAAGUUGAUUCGCAACAGAAUUCAUACACGUUCACGAAUCUAUUGUGUGGCACACAAUAUCAGUUCUAUGUUAUUGCCUACAAUAACGUAGGUAAAGGCGAUCCUAGUCAGGCGAUUGCUGUUAGAACCAAAGGAUCUGUACCGAUAGCGCCUAAAAAUUGGAAUUCUUUCAUUACGGUCAACUCAACCGUAGCAAUGAUUCGUCUGGAUGCCUGGCUCGUGAACGGAUGUGAGAUCAAAUACUUUGUGCUCAAGUAUCGACCGAGAAUCGAUUCCGAUUGGCUUGUCGAUUCAUCGAAAAUCUCACCUCGAGAACAACGUUUCGUUGAAUUAGUGGAUUUGCGACCAGCAACAUGGUAUCUGCUUAACAUGGCUGCUUUGACAGACAUGGGGACCACUGAGGAAACCUACAUGUUCGCUACAUUGACCAUGAAUGGUGAAACGAUUCCACCAAUAGAAACUAUUUCACGCACAUUAAAAUCGGCCAAUUCUAUAUCGGCAUCUUCGGGCUCUAUGGACCCAGGCGGUGGAGCGAAUACGCUUAGUUCAAUGCAAUCAUUGACCAUUGUCAUACCGGCAACUUGUUCUGUGAUAGUUCUCACUGUGAUAAUUCUAGUCGCCUGUUUUGUUUUGGGCACCAAACGUUCUUCUCAACAAUUUGAAAGUACAAUUCUUACAGCCAUUGGUGCACGAAACGGUAGUAACAAUUCUCAUCAUCAUACGAGUCUUAAUGGAACGCCUUCUCAUAUUCAUGCCCAUAUUUCUGAUCAAUUAUCCACAACAUAUUGUCCAACGCCGGCAACCGGUGAUUUAAGUAAUGAGCCACGUUAUAGUACCGGAUUAUUGAACAACAAUCUUGACCAUUAUGGUUUCUGUACUGGGAAUAACGGAAACAAUAAUGUAAACAAUGAGAUUGCAUCAGCUAAAUGUAUGAUUAAUGGAACGCCAACGAUGCUGGCUACUAAUAAUUCAACUAAUUCAAUUGAAAUGAUACAUUCAGCUACAUUGGGCUAUGCAACUUUGAAAAAACAACGUUCCAAUCUGCAAACAAUGAAAUCAAUGCUAGAUUCAGAUAUUAAAAAUUUUGAUCUAUCCAUACCAUUGUCAUUGGCAGAUAAUUCUACAACAACAUCUACGGCAACAACUAUGGCCACAUCAACAACAACAUGCCUGGAUUCGAAACUUUGUGAUAUGAAUAAAAUAUCAGAUUCCUCUAAUUUAUUGACGGUACAAGCAACAUUAUGCGGUAAUAAUUCUAACGAAACUAACGAUACAAAUAAUACGGUUCAUUACUUUCAAACACCAUAUGCUCUAUCACAUUUGCCUAAUAACAGCAACAACAAUAACAAUAAUGACCAAUGUAUCAAUAAAUGUAACACCGUGAAUAAUAAUAAUGCUAAUACUGACAUGGGAAAUGAUCAAAUAUCUGAACUAUCAUGUCUAAAUGCUGCAUACACUGCCAAUAACGCCUAUACUUUACAACCAAAUACAAAAAAUCAUCAACAUCAUCAUAGUGAUAAUCAUCAUAGCCAUGUAUAUGAUUUGCCAUUUCCACCAAAAUGGGUUUGAAAAUGGGACAUUGGUUCUAAUCAUCAUCAUCAACUAUCUAUCUAUCUAUCUAUUACAUUAAUUUCAAUGAGAAUAUUUUAUAAUGUUGAUAAUUUUUGUUUGAAGGCGAAAAAAUUGUGAUAUAAUCUUUUGAAACUUUUUAUUAUUUCUAAUCAUCAUUAAACGAUUCGUGAAGAAUCAUUAUCAUUAUCA